AUGGCUCUCCGUUUCACCUACGCUAGACGGGUCCUCACCAGACGGGGUUCAGGCCCAUUGCCGUUCGGGACAGCUUACCGUGGACGUCGUCCAGCCAUGUCUGCCACUAUUGCUAGGCACAUGGUCAGAAGCUUCUCCCACAUGCUGAACCCUCGUCGGAGACGCUCUUCAAGCCAGGAUAUGUUGCUGUAUCUUAUCGCCCAAGAAGGUUUGGGCUUGUCCCCUGACCGGUGGGACUUCAUCAUUGACGCCAUUCGAAACACAUCUAAGCCGGAUCCCGAUAGAAUGGAAGGCUUAGAAUUCACCGGACUUUUGACAACUAACGACAAACUUGAUAUUGAUGGCGACAUUGUCAUGACUGACGCCAUUCGAAAUAUAUCUAAGCCGGAUCCCGACAGAAUGGAAGGUUUAGAAUUCACCGGACCUGACAGAAUGGAAGGCAUAGAAUUUACCGGACCCGAUAGAAUGGAAGGCAUAGAAUUCACCGGACCUGACAGAAUGGAAGGCAUAGAAUUUACCGGACUUAUGGACACUGAUGGCGACACUGUUAUGACUGAUUCCCCCCUCUUUCUACCGACGAUCGACCACCCACUUGAGAACACAAACGAAUACACCACACCAAUCAAAACACGCCAAUUAUUCGGCCUAGAGCAACUCUCGCUCGUAGGCCUCCACACAAAACGCAAACUCGAAAAGGAGGCAGAUUCCUCCUCCGAGGAAGCUAAGCAACCACGACGCAAGAUCACCAAAGUGACAAAGAGACCGUCUCUCGACCGCAAGGAAUUCUUGUCGGUCCCCAAGGCAAAUGGCCUAGUACGGCGGCCGUCUCUUGUACACCAUCGCCGCAGCCUAUCCCACUCAUUGAGGUUACGGAUCCCAGACGGCAAUGUUGUCGUUGAUUUGGAUAGGAGGACUAGGGUGUGGAGGCCCGGAUAUGUUGACAGGAUUAUGAUGGUUAGAACACGAAGCAAAGAUGGAUACACCUGUUAAAACUGGGAAAUCGUGGAACCCAGAUGAACUAUGUUAUAAGCCGCGAGGCUUCACUGGAUUGUAUAGGCCAGUUGAAUAGAGACUCGACUGAGAGCCUGGGAGUCUUUGGUGGAAUACAUUCUAAGCCUCGGGGCUUCACUGGGCUUUGUGCCCCUAUUGGGAGGAUGUUCGCAUACCAAAGUGGAUAUUUUGGAAGAUUGGACUGCAUCUCCGUUGGAGUUUCGGUUUGUUGGAGGAUAUUCCAAGCCUCGAGGCUUGAUGUGCUAUCUGGUCGGCAUGUGACCAUUUCUGGGAGUUACUGCGAAGUUUCGGUUUAUUGGAGGAUAUUCCAAGCCUUGAGGCUUGACGUGCUAUCUGGUCGGCAUGUGACCAUUUCUGGGAGUUGCUGCGAAGGAAUUUUGGAAGAUUGGACUGCAUCUUUGUUGGAGUUUCGGUUUAUUGGAGGAUAUUCCAAGCCUCGAGGCUUGACGUGCUAUUUGGUCGGCAUGUGACCAUUUCUGGGAGUUACUGCGAAGGAAUUUUGAUUUGGUGGAAUAGAUCUUGAGCCUCGAGGCCGAUAAAGAUCGUAUGGGAUCUGUCAGAAGGACAUCAGCUGUUUGAAUUUCAACGA